AUGGUCGGGCCCACUGCAACCCUUACUCCUCUUGCUCGCGCCGAUGGCUCGGCUUCCUAUCUGUGUCCCUCGACCGGAUCCAAUAUUCUGGGCUCUGUCAAUGCACCUGUCGAGCUUCCUGGACGCCGAGAUGCCUUGAAGCCCGAAGAAGCGACCGUGGAAGUAUUCGUUAAACCGGGUACUGCGCCUGCUGGUGUUGGGGAACGGUACGUGGAGGGAAUCAUCAAGGGAGUCCUCGGAAGGUUGAUCUUGGGACGCGAGAGGGGCUACCCCCGGCGUGGUGUUGUGGUCACGCUAGCCAUCGUCGGCGGCGGGAGUGUAGGAAGAGGAGAGUCGUAUCUGACCCUUCUGCCCGCGCUGCUUCAUACCGCCCUUCUUGCCUUGCUAUCAGCCGCUGUUCCUCUUUCCAUGACCUUCUCUGCGACUGUUCUGGCCGUAAGCGCGUCGGGCGACAUCACCCGGGAACCGUCGACCGAACAGGCAGCCACAGCCAAGUCCCUGCACGCCCUAGCGUUCUCAUCCAAGGGCCAUCUGCUGCUAAAUGAGAGCUCAGGGGCCUUUGACUUUGAGACAUGGGAAAGGGUCCACCAGCGCGCGUCGGCAAUCUGUCAUGGCACACCGGCUGUUGGCACUGAUGGGGACACUGCCAUGGUUGAGGAUGUAGAUGGUCAGCCCCUGGAGGGGAUCAUGCGCGAGUCUAUUGAAGAUCAGAUCCACCGUGACUACGCCUGGAAGAUUGAUGCUGCUUGA